AUGGACCCGUUUCGAGCCCCGCUGCGAGAUAACACGGAAAACAGCCUGGCCUACUCCAACGACGCUACACCCAGCCAUCCCCAGGCUCGGAUUCCUCCGCUUCCAGCUCCACCUUACUACAGACCCGUGGGCCAUCUGCCUCAGGACUUGUACCCUGGAUACGUUCCUCGGGAGGCACGGAGCGAUAAUUCGUCGGGUUCCCACGAAAGCCAGGCCCCGGCGGCGGCCAAUCCGAGCCAGAGCCAGCAGAGUCAGAACCAGCUUGCCAAUCCGAGUCAGAACCAGAACCCUGGCUCCAAUCUCCACCACAUGCUGGUGCACGGGAUCCCUGGAAACGGGCAGGGCUACGCUGUCCACGGGGUCUCGCCGCACGGCCAGGUUCUCCCGGGCCAGGGCAUCCAGGUGGCUCAAACUCCGCUGAACUUGCUGCAUCAACACAUGCACCCAAACAGUCAAAACACACAAACGCCCCAGCAUUCCCAGCAUCUCCAGAACCCACAACAGCCGUCGCCUCACGUGCUGAAUUUCGUGACCCGGGCGGCGGCAGCGUUGCCUCGAAAACGGUCCCUGACGGCCUGUGACACUUGCAGACAGAAAAAGUCCAAAUGUGACAACGUCCGGCCCCGAUGUGGCGCCUGUGUGCGUUCGGGAAACAUGAAUUGCCGCUACCGGGCGGACUUCCCGGGGUCCGACUACUCGCUGUACGAUCCAGCGUCGCUCACGAUUCUUCUGAAGCUCGAUGUGAUACUACGCCAUGUCAAGAGCGAUCCGGAGCUGCUUCCACGCACAAAAGUCGCCUAUUUCCAGCACUGUCUUUGGGACAUGUCGCUCAUGAGCAUGUUCCGCUGGCGGGCCGUGCAGAAGGUGCUUGGGGUGUCGGAUAACGACCAGGCGAACUGGACUAGACGGUUGGUUUCAAAGUACGACAUGAAGGUCAGCUGGGGGCUUCCACGGAAGUUCAAGGAGAGGUUUGAUACGUGCACGGCGUUGGAGGAGCUUCUCCGGCUGCAAAUCUCGUCCUUCACGAACUCCUUCUUCCUCAAUGCCCACACCAAGGUGCCUUGUCUUGAUAUCAUCAGUCUCUUGGAAAGCAUCGAAAUCUACACCCUCAUGCAAAAGGCCAACCCGCAAACGACGUUCAUCAGCAUGCUCGAGGACUACAUGUCGUUGGAGGAGGGCGAAACGGUGCCCCGGUCGUUCAAGGACGCUCUUUUGACGUUGAACCUCGAAAACACCGCCGUCCGACGCCGUGCUUUCAUCAACUGCUGCGAGCUGGUGCCGCUAAUUUUGGCCGUUUGCGCCAUUGGCAUCAUCGCCUCGCCCGUGAAGCUCGAUAACCACCAGACGUUUCAUAAUUCCACUGAGGAGGGCCGCUCUAUGGAGAAUUCCGCUGCCACACUCGCCAAAUCCGGCCCGUUGAUCCCCAAAGAUCGCAAGAAAUUGAGCAGCUCGCUCAUCGACUACGCCUUGAUUAUUUCCCUGGUGUUCCCGUUGUCGCUCAAACGAAACUCCCUCGUUUCCAUCGAGUACCAUAUCAUGCUCAACCAGUACCAUCUCUACAAUAUGGACCCGCUCAGCGCCCACAAGGCCAUUGUCACCGCCAGCACCGAUAUGAUGUACUACUUGGAAAAAGAAAUGAACAGAGAGGCCACCAGCGAGCAGCUCAGGUACCUGUUUGCAGAAAGAAGGCUGAUUGUGGACCGUCUUUUCUGGACAUGUCUCAAGCUCGAGUGUGAGCUUCGGGCAGAACUUAGUCCCCAUGUGCCGCUUUCGGGAAUUACACAGAUGGUGCCUCCAUCGCCGUUUUUGAGGAUUCCAGAUGCCGUUUCUGCAGAGGAGCAUUUAGCCGAUAGUGUGGCUUUGACGAACAAGUACGACGACAAGAACCUGUGGUAUUUUUUCCUUACAGAAGUGGCCGUCAGGAAAGUGGACAAUAAGCUUUAUGACGAAAUUUAUUCUCUUGAUGCCGUCAGAGAGGCGCUUUGGGACCUGGACGAGUUUGUGGACAAGAACAUCUGGAAGCUUCUGAUCAAGUACUUCAAGCAGUACGAUGCCAUUAUUGCGUCGCUUUCGCCUAGAAUCCGGAGCUUCGUCUUGCUGGAGGCCGAUGUGGACGAAAUCCACGCCAGCAUGAAAAGAAGAGCAUGUCGAAAAAGAGGCGCCCUGGAGGCCUUCGAAACAGACAUUCUCGACAACCUCGACGAGUUUUUCAUUGACGAGGAUCUUCUUCUCAAGGCGCAGCUGGAGCUGAUUAUGUUCAUCAAGACCCGUUUUUUGGCGUCCAAGAUAGCCCUUUUCCGGCCCAUCAUGUACCUUAUACUUGAGGAUCGAAUUCCGUUUUCUGAGAUCUUUGAAGCUGCUGCAGCGGUGCUAGCCCAGGUUAAGGCAGAAAAAAGAGAAGAAAUGGUCAUGAACCACAGCCAUCUGCCUUCUCAGCUGAACUCGACGGUUUCCUUGAACAACGACACUUUGCAGCUUGACACCUCCAGUUCGUCCUCUCAGUUUGCCAACAACUUCAUGGACGGCGAGGUCGCCUAUAUUGAAGCCAUAAAGGCGCCUCCCAAGGAAAGAAGCGAUAUCAGCGAGGACAACUUUAAUGAUAUCGUGGAGUACGACAAUCUGAAGGACGACACCAGUCCUGAGUUCAUCAACAUCAAGGACUACCCUGCAGCCCGGAAAAGGGUACUUCAGGCAUUUGUGAAAAAUCUUAUUACCGUACCCAAGGGAAAUAUUCCCAAAAUCGGGCUGCAUCGCCAUUCAGGCCUGUGGUACUACGUCAGGCAGCUCAUUGUGGGAAACAUCUCGCUUUUCAUGCUCUACAAGAAGGUGCAGCAGGCCAUCAAGAUGUUGGUGCAGAAUAACGCUUUUUCUGGUGGAGAGGAGGUCAUGGAGGCGCUCAACUUGAUCUUCAGCCGGGACCUGAUCAAGGGGUCUCUUGAGUACACCUUGCUUAUGCUCCACUACUGGAAGGAGGAGAGUCCGGACUGUGAGAUCUACAUUGAGCAAGUCCAGCUCUGUCUCGAUGUGCUCUAG